UGUCUUUCACCCACACGCGCACGUACCCCACCAGUUAAAUGCCAUAAAAUUAAACCAAACCAAAUACACCAUUAACCCCGCUUCACUUCACCUUCACUGGUUUUCCCGACCAGACUAGUCCAUCCUGGCCUUUGAGAUUUUUGUCACUUCUCUCUUUCUCUCUCCUCAUCAAAUAAAGUUCCUCUCUUUUCCCCCCUCAUUAAAGAAUCAUUUUCUUAUAUCUUUAUUUGUAUUUGUUCUGCGUCUUCUCUGUAAAUUCUUGAUCCUGCUCACUUUUCUUUGGGGAAAGGAAUUCUCCCCCGUGAUCUGCCUAUCAAUCUACUAAGCUGCUCAUCAUACACGCACAGAGGACAACGUCACACAAUUUAAAAAAAAAAAUGUCAAUGGAUAUGAUGGCAACCGAACGUGUUUGUUAUGUUCACUGCAACUUCUGCAACACCAUCCUAGCGGUAAGUGUUCCAUGCAGCAGUUUCUUUAACAUAGUGACGGUUCGAUGUGGGCACUGUGCUAAUUUACUGUCAGUUAACAUGGGAGCAUCUCUCCAAACAUUCCCUCCUCAAGAACUUCAGAAACAAGAAUCAUGCAACAGAGAGGUGGGAUCAUCUUCAAAAAGCAGUAAAUUUUCUGCAUUUGAGUCUGCAGAGCAUGAACAACAUAGGAUUCCUCCCAUUCGUCCCCCUGAGAAGAGACAACGAGUUCCUUCUGCUUAUAACAGGUUCAUCAAGGAGGAAAUCCAGAGGAUUAAGGCUAGUAACCCCGAUGUCAGCCACAGGGAGGCGUUUAGCACCGCGGCCAAAAACUGGGCACAUUUUCCCCAUAUUCACAUUGGAUUAAAGCUGGAUGGCAACAAGCAAGCAAAGUUGGACCAGGAAGAGGGAACUCAAAAAUCUAAUGGCCUAUAUUGACGAUGACAUCAAAAUGGAAGCAUGUAAGUAUCAGCUAGAAUUUCAUAUGCUAGACCUGAAUCAGUAGAAAGUGAUGAGGUUGAUCAAAUUUCCCAGUCAUAUAUACAAGUGGAUAGGGGAGACUACUCUUCUGGAAACCUCGAUCGAUCAGCCUCGCCCACAUGUUUGAUACCAUCUAUAUAUAUUUGUAUUGCGUCUUCAACUUGUCAUGAGACAAUUUCUACUCUUGUGAUUGCAUUUAUUACAUGUUGAACUUAAGCGAGCAAUGCGUUCCUGAAACGACUCUCCUCGUCAGUAAUAUUUCCUUUUGUUUUA